AUGUCGCUCCAACUGUUUGACGUGCCCGAUGUGGAUUAUCGGUACGAAGCCUCGCGGGAGGUGGAGUUUCAACCCGCUUUGACAGGCAUCCAGCCCAUCACCUUCUCCAUUCCGGGCUCCGACGAUUAUUACGACACCAAUUCCCUCCGCUUCAAAGUCAAGGUCCGACUGACCGCUCCAGCGACUGGGUAUCUAGGCUUGAAUGCUGAUUUGACCGCUGCGUCAGAUGCCAACAAUUCCAAGAGCACGUACUGUGUCAACAAUUUUGGGCACUCCAUCUUUCGAGAUAUCACCCUGAGCAUGAAUGGCGUCCUCAUGACAGAACAGAGCAACAGUUACCAUUACAGAGCCUACCUAGAAACCCUCUUGAAUUACAACCGAGAAGAAGGAGCCACCAAGUUAGCUCCGCAAGGAUGGGUCAAUGCCCUCAAUGUGGUGAAUGUCAUGGGUGCCACAGGAGCCAAUUCGGAUAUCUCUACUGGUGCGGAUUGGAAAGGCAAUGCAGAACUGCGUGCCUUGACCAGCCGGUUGCUGAGCAGAAAUUGGCACACCUUCCUCAUCCGCCCAAAUUUGCCACCCCUCCGAACAGGCAAAUUGUUGGUCCCCAAUGUCUAGAUGGACUUUGAACUCUUCCUCAACCCCAACACCGUCUACCUGAUGAGUACCCCCAACAAAGGCACUUUGACCGACAAGAAAUUUCCUGCCAUUCACCCAGAAGACAUCAAAGUCACUUUGCUGAUGAGAAAAGUGACCCUGAAUGCCAGCGUCUAUGUCAGACUGCAGAAAGAAAGACAGCUGGGCAAACAGAUUGCCCGCUACCCCGUGGUGCGGAGCGAAAUCCGCACCUUUUCCUUCGAUGGACGCACCACCCAGUGGGAACAAGACAAUGUGUUUGUCGGUCGAUUUCCUGAUCGAGUGAUGGUCGGGUUACUGCAUUCGGAUGCCUUCAAUGGAAACCUACAACGCUACCCCUUUGCCUUUGAAAAGUUUGGGGUCACCCAAAUACGACAGACCUUGAAUGGAGAAGAAUACCCUUACAGAACCCUGCAAUUGACUGGAGAUCAAGCCUAUGAAGAUCUACUGGGGUACGAUCGAUUUCUGCAAGCCAUGGGUGUCUAUGAUGAAGACAAGAUUCCCAUGCUGCUGCCUGGUGAUUGGGGACAAGGCAACAACUGCACAUUGUUCCUGUUCAACAAUGUACCCAGUGGCAAAGCUGAUGACCCUUAGUAUCGCAACCCCCAUCAAUCGGGCAAUGUGCGACUGAUCAUUGAUUUUGCAGCCGCGGUCGGUCACAACAUCACCGUGUUGGUCUGGAGCGAGUAUGAAAACAUGUACGAGAUCAAUCAUAUGGGAGGUAUAAAGUACAACAUUAACAGCUGAAGUGGAUUCAGAAGACAGAAGACACGGGUCAUGGAGUUUGUGGCGCUCGUGACGUGUAAUCCUUGUGAUUUCUUAAAAUAAAAAAAACAUCAUAAAACGAGCAUGUGUGGUGCCAGCGUGGUCAUUGUAGUAUUAGCAUCAUCAUGAUUACGCGAAGCAAUGUCCAGCGGGUGAUCGAUGCCUUUCUCUUAGAAGAAACUUUGUAUUGGUGGUUACACCCCAUUGAGCGGGUGAACACCGUCCAAGGCGUCGAUGCCUGGGAUGGGUAUCAUUGGCUCAUGGCCCGCCAACUAGCGCAAGACCAAGAUUGGGUCGCGCUCAAACAGUACAUGGACACCAUGGGUGAAACGCAUUUAAGAGAGACGAUGGAAGGAGUGAUUCAGUUCGAAUCGCCACGCCUCUACCGCGAGUAUUGGACGGCAUGCCCAGCCACAGACGACGACGACGACGACGCGCCUCGUCCCAACGACGACCCCGCUUUCGUCAAAACGGGCGGGGCCUCAUGAGCGUGUUGGCCAAAGCCUAUAAAAUCGGGGAUAAAUUGGGACGUGACAAACGGUAUAAACGGAUGGGCGCCAAAGGAGCCACGGGUCAUUAUCGACGUCAUCCUCGACCGUGGGAAUCAUGAUUCGUCACCCCAGUAGUGUGAUCAUCGCGGGUCCGUCGGGGAGCGGCAACACCGAAUUAGUGGAACAGUGGUUACGAGACCAGAACCUCUUUCAAGUCAAACCUAGGAAGAUCGUCUAUGCAUACGACCGAUGGCAACCCCGGUUCGACCGUAUGCAAAAGAAGGAGGGGAUUCAGUUUUAUCGCGGGGUCCCGGACCCUCGUCAAUUGACCCAAUGGUUUGGUCGGACGCGCGGCGGGGUGCUCGUCUUGGAUGAUUUGAUGGAAGAAGGGGGACAGGACAAGCGCGUGUUGGAUUUGUUCACCAAAGAUUCCCAUCAUCGGAACAUUACCGUCUUGUAUUUGACGCAAGAUUUAUUCCCGCCGGGUAAAUUUGCCAAGACCAUCAAUCGCAACGCGCAUUACAUUGUGGCCUUCAAGAACCCUCGGGAUCAAACGGGCAUACGGACCGUGUUACUGCAAGCCUUUCCCGACCGAUGGCGUCAAGUCCUGCGCCUAUUUAAACGCCUCACGUCUCAUCCCUUUGGCUAUUUGAUGUUGGAUGUGCACCCGGCCUCGGAUGAUCGGUACCGUUUGUGGAGUCAUUUAACGCCCCGCGAAGGCAAGGCGCAAGUCCAUACCCUCCCCGUGGAUGUCCCUGCCGUUCGAAAACGAACUGCAACGAGAACUCGCCAGGGUCCGUCGGCAAAGAGAAGGCGGACAACGUGACUUAUCGAUUCGUAUGGACACGCCGACCUUCUCGCCGGCUGGGGUGGGCUCCCCGACCGCCCCUCCCCCAGAUCUCAGCAGCAUGACGAACAUGGUGACCGAAUUGACCCGACCGGUCGAUCGAGCCCAAUUGGAUCAAGAGAUUGAGGAUUUUCAAUUGACCUACCCGGUCAAUGUGGACGAUGCCUUGAACGCCUUCACUUUACCCCCCGUGGCAGGCACAGGCACCACCCCGGCCACCACCACCACGGCACCACCACCACCACCACCACCCUCCAUCACCACCGCUCCCACCACCACCGCCACCCAAACCCGACCAGUGACGUCCACCCGAACACGUCCCACGGCCACCACCACCACCACCGCCAGCUCCAGACGACCCAGACCACGCCCUGUCACCACCGCCACCACCACCACGGCGCCCUCCCGCCCUCUCACCGCCCGCCGCAGCGCUGGAGCCGGGACCAGGACCACUACCUCCACGGUGACGACCCCCACGGGACGUCCCACCAUCGCGGCCAAACAACCGCGACGACGUCCCCGCGUACCCUCCCCACCGUCCCCGGAUUCCUCCCCUCCGUCGGAGGAUGACGAUGACGAUGACGAUGAUCGAGGACGAGGCUUAAGGCGACGGUUGGAUCUACUGAAUGAAGAUGCGCAAGAACGGGCUCGAGGGAGACGCAUUCGCAAUAUCACGCGUACCAAUACGGUGACCACCGUGUAUGAAGAGGGUGGGAGACCGUCGGUGCGCCGCACCUCGACGCGCACCUCUGGUCCACCC